AACACAUCUAACGGACCAACAGCCCGUCUGCCUGGUAUAGCCGUAGCUAACGGACACGUCUGAUUAUAAUUAUGUGAGUUAUAAUACGAAAAAUCCUGAGUUUUGGUGUGUGCCAUUCGAGGAGACGAACAUGCUGGCCACUGGUCUAGAAAUGCACUGAACGUCUGUUUGCUCCUCUGAUCUGUCUCCAGUCAGUGAGAUGUCUCUGGCUCAGAGGGUUUUGUUGACCUGGGUCUUCAUCCUGGUCUUCCUCAUCAUGCUAGUGCUCAAACUGGACGGGAAGGUGCAGUGGAACUGGUUCCUAAUCUUCCUCCCGGUCUGGGUCUUUGAUGGCAUCCUCAUCCUCAUGCUUGCCAUUAAGAUGGCAGGCCGUUGCAAACCCGGGUACGACCCACGCAACGGCUCCCCAGACCUGCGCCUGCGUGCCUGGUACCUGACGGCCAUGCUGCUCAAGUUGGGCUUCUGUCUGACGCUGUGUGCCAAGCUGGAGAAGCUGGCAGACGUAAAGCUGACGUUUGUGUGCAUACCCCUGUGGACUAUGUUAGUAGGGGCGCUGGUGGAGCUGGGGCUGAACAUCUUCCCUGAAAGAAGAGAGGCCUAAGAGGGAACUUUUGUUUUGGCCUGAUUAUGUUUCUAGAGAGUUUUGAGGCUCAAGAAGGAAUCAAAUCAUCAUGUCAGACAUUGGAAUUCAUCUUAAGAAUAAGAGACUUUGUGUAAAAUAAAAAUCAUAGUGUGUUCACACCUCAGUGAAGAAUGCUGUAAGGGCUUCAACAGGGCAAGGAUGCUGCCGUCUGUGCAAUGGAAGAGCUGCGAUUGGAUCCGUCACAGUCCAUUCAUUUAAACAUUUCAAAAUAGCUUAAAAAUGGCUCUAUUUUCUUCGCAAAAUAACAAAAAUGCCAUAAGGGGAUCAACUGAAUAUGUAUAAGUCUACUGUGAAGCCAACAGUGGAAGAAACAUUAACAUCCUCAAAUGUUUGCUUUUGUAUUGAACUCAAGAUGUUCAGUAUUGUUUUUUUAGUAUUCAUUUCCCUAUAUGUGCGCGAGCACAGCUGCUCUUUUAAAGAACGCCACACAGGGAGGAACUGAAGGGUAUUUGGUGACUCCACUUCCUUUUGUUUCAGCUGCAUAACAAUAACUGUCACUUUUGGUACAGAAUAACGGAGUGUAAAUGUUACAUACGCUUUAGAUAUUGUUUGGCUGUAUUUUCACUUUUUCAUUCCCGAGCUGUGGGGAGCAGCUGGCACAAUAUUAUUUCACAUGUUAUAAAUUAACUUCAGAGGUGUUUUGUGACAACAGCUAAGUUAGGCUGUAAGCACAUAAGGAGUUGAUAACCACAGUCAUUUAAGAAAUUGGUCAGGACAUAAGAGCAUCCUGGCCCAACUUGGGAUUUUGUCUUCUCCCCACAGGCUACCUACCCCCUCUGCUCUGUACAAGCUCUCUUUUAUACCAUGUUGAUCAUCCUGUGGCCCAUGAAAAUCUGUAAACUGUUCGGUACAAGGUCCAAGGUUGAAAAAAAAAUUGACAUGCAUCAUACUGGUGGCCAAAGUGAUUAACAUUCAGAUGAAUGUGGAAAAAAAUACAUUAAGUUUAAUAAUUAAGUUGCAAAUGUGUCAAACUGUCAGAUUACUGAAUACCAGCAGUUUCCAGUGUUGUGUCAAGUUGAUCAUUGUUUCAUAUUCUAUCUUUAUGUUUGUUAUAUCAUUACAGUAUAUAUAUAUAUUUGUUUGGUGCCAUUUAGUUGUUUAUUAAUAUUUCAAAUACAUUCUUUGCAUUAUUUUGCACUAUGUUGAAAUGAAAAGGAAUACGUGUUUUGAGGUGGAAAGUGUUUGAUAAUUAAUGCAUGUGUUGUAAAAUAAAUAAAUAAAUAAAUAAAAAUAAAACAAAUAAA